CUUUUGAAAGAAGAUCGUUUCCAUGGCAUUGAUAAAAUUAAAACUGUUGGCAGUACUUACAUGGCUGUCGUGGGCCUUAUACCUGAAUAUCGCAUCAACUCCAAUGAUCCCAAUUCGGUGCGUCGCCACAUGACAGCUUUAGUCGAAUAUGUGAAAGCAAUGCGACUAUCCUUGCAGGAAAUCAACAGUCACUCAUAUAACAAUUUUAUGUUGCGUGUUGGUAUUAAUAUUGGUCCUGUGGUGGCUGGUGUGAUUGGUGCACGUAAACCACAAUACGACAUUUGGGGUAAUACCGUAAAUGUUGCCAGCCGCAUGGACUCUACAGGCAUACCUGGUUACACACAAGUGACGCAGGAGGUCGUGGAUAGCCUGCAGGGCUCACACUUCGAGUUUCGCUGUCGCGGCACCAUCAAGGUCAAAGGCAAAGGCGAUAUGGUCACAUAUUUUCUAUGCGACUCUUCGAAUAAUGGCCUCAAUGGCGAGGUGCGCAACGCUAUGAUCGCCAAUCGUGCCAUCACACAAAAUGGCAACGGCUAUACGUCACAACAGCAGCAACAACAACAGCANGACCUACAACAUUAA